CCAAUCCAGUCCAAUUUUUAAGACAUGAAGUUUUUAACCUUCUGAAACUCAAUCUCUUCUUCCCUCUUCUUCUUCUUCUUCUUCUUCUCACUUUCAUCAGCCAUAGCUAUGAUCUGGCUUUGGCUUUGUCUAGCUUUCUCACUACUUGUAUUUCAAUUGAUUCUCACAAUAAUAAAGCAUUAUCUCCCAUUAUUCUCAAAAACAAACCUCCAUAUCCCAAAAGGUUCAUUUGGCUGGCCUUUACUCGGAGAGACAUUAGCUUUUCUCAAACCACACCCUUCAAAUUCAAUUGGCUCAUUUCUCCAACAACAUUGUUCAAAGUAUGGGAAAGUUUUCAAAUCACAUUUGUUUCUUUCUCCAACUGUGGUUUCAUGUGACCAAGAACUCAAUUACUUCAUACUGCAAAAUGAAGACAAACUUUUUCAGUGCAGCUAUCCUAAACCCAUUUAUGGAAUUCUUGGGGACAUUUCAAUGUUGGUUGCAGUUGGCGAUGUUCAUAAGAGGCUUAGAAAUGUCGCUAUCUCUCUUGUCACUACUAUCAAGUCUAACCCACAAUUUCUUAAUGAUAUUGAGAGAGCAACUUUGCAAACAUUGGAUUCUUGGAAAGAUAGACAAAGGGUACUGUUCUGUCAAGAGGCUAGAAAGUUCACAUUCAAUGUAAUAGUGAAGCAGGUUUUGGGUUUAACUCCAGAUGAACCACAGACUGCAAAAAUUCUAAAGGAUUUUCUUACUUUCAUGAGAGGGCUUGUUUCUUUGCCGCUUUACAUUCCUGGGACUCCUUACGCCAAGGCUGUCAAGGCUAGACUUAGAAUAUCUUCCACUGUCAAAGCAAUCAUAGAGGAAAGGAUGAGGAGAAGAAGAAGAUCAAGUGAUGAUGAUGAUGAUGAAGAUGAAGAUGGAGAUGGGCUUAACAAAUCCAUGAAAAGUAACUGCAGUGACUUCUUGGAGAUCUUGCUUGGAGUUGAUUCUUUAUCUGAAGAUGAAAAAGUUAGCUUUGUUCUGGAUUCCCUUUUGGGAGGAUAUGAAACUACCUCUGUCUUGAUAGCCAUUGUUGUCUAUUUCCUUGGUCACUCUCCUUCUGCACUUCACCAACUAAAGAAUGAGCAUGAGGCAAUAAGAAGCAUGAAGAAAGCAGAUGAAUUGCUGAACUGGGAUGAUUACAAAAAAAUGGAUUUCACUCAAAAAGUAAUCAAUGAGGCUCUUAGAUUUGGGAAUGUUGUUAAAUUUGUUCACCGAAAGGCUCUCAAAGACGUUAAAUUUAAAGAUUUUGUAAUUCCAUCAGGUUGGAAAGUUCUACCAGUUCUUAGUGCAGUUCACUUGGACCCAUCAAUCCAUACAAAUGCUCUUGAGUUUUACCCUUGGAGAUGGGAGAAUCAAGAUCAGACAGGAAAGAAAUUCAUUCCAUUUGGUGGAGGUUCAAGAUGUUGUCCAGGAUCUGACUUGGGUAGAGUUGAGAUAGCGUUCUUUCUUCAUCAUCUCGUACACAAGUUCAGGUGGAAAGUUGAAGAUGGAGAGCAACCAUUGGCAUUUCCAUAUGUAGAGUUUAAAAGAGACCUUGCCAUGAGUGUGGAACAAAUCUAGCCUCAGUUGAACUAUUUCCAGGAAUCUUUUUUUGUCUCUACUAGCCUAUAGAAAAAAGAUCUUGUUCAAGUAAGGUUUGUAUUCAAUGAAUCUUUUCUUUCAUUAAACCACAAUCAAUUAAGCAGAUUUGAGCUUGAUAAUACUGUACCCAUCAAGGAUCCUCUGCUGAUGAUCAUUAAGCUGCUCAUUUCUUCCACAUUUUCCCCUCUUUAUUGAGGAGGUUUAUUGUAAUUUGUAAUUGUAAAAUUUUAGACAAGAGGCAAAUAUUGUAAUAGUGUGUAUUUUAUUAUAAUGCCAUGUUAAACUUUUAUAGAA